AUGAAAUCUUUAGAAAUAUUCUUACGGUUCGGUGUUAUACAACUUCAUCUUUUCGACGUUGUCGUUGACGAAAUUAACUUUCCUCAACACCUGCAGACAAAGUAUCAAGAUGUAAAAUCUCUUUAUCCGACAGAAGGCCGGCGUAAAUGGUGUUUGCGUGUGCUCUAUGACUCAUGGCCUCAGUUGUCAACUGUAUCCUCUCAUCCAAAUACGGCUGGAGCAGGUCCAACUGGACAAGCUUCGUACGAAUCCGAUCCCGACCCGACGGACCCUGUGCUCGAAGACGAAGAAUUAGGACUUAUUAUACGCACGGACUUUACCAACGACGACGCCUGGAAUAGCUUUUGUGGAAAGGUACAGGCGGCUCAGAAAGAGCUAUUAUCUGAUCUCUCCGGUGGAGGCGCAGAAGCAGCGGCUGAAGGUGGAAGUGAUGUAGCUAUGGAUGGCGUCCCACCACCACCACACUCUGUAACACCCGACGACGCCGAUGACGAAUCCGACUCUUCAAGUGAGGGGGCUGACAUCGUGAAGAUCUUAGAUCCUUCUGACCCAGCCGACAGGCUCAAGUUAACAGAUAUCUCAAAUUUGGCUGCUCUUCGCCUCUUUAACGAUGUCGAUAUUCGACCCGCACCCAUUCCUCCCACUGGUACCAAAAGAAUAUCACCUUGGAACCCUCUAAUCGACCAAAGUGGAUGGCAAGAAAUAUAUAGAGGCAAAAACCUAUGGAUCUACGAUUCCAAAUCUAUCACGGAUGAAUGUGUCAGAGUUGUAGGUCAAGAAGGAAAUUUUUAUGGCACAGCGACAGGUGAUAGCUGGCGCGCACGAGGGACACACGUCCCGGAACUUCAGUUCAAUAUGACUUAUCAAGGAAUGAAGAUAGACUUCAAUGGCCUUGACAAGUGGGACUGGAAUGAAAGAGCACGUAACCUCAACGAGUCUAGCACACUGUAA